AGGACCCCGCGCAGGCAUCCCCGGCAACCUCAGAGACCAGCCACCUCUCACCCUCGUGGCAUCAGCCACCGGGGACCCCCGGCAGGGCCUGGGGUGCUGCCAUGGUCCUGCCCUGGUGGCUCGUCCUCCUGGCCAGCCUUGUCCCACCAGCCUUGGGGUCCUGGGGGGUCUCCUACCCCGAGUCUGUGCUGGGUGUCAGCGGCUCCUGCGUGGUGAUCCCCUGCACCCUGAGCUACCCUGCCGAGGUGUCCGCCCAGGACGGCAUCGUGGCCAUCUGGUACAAGGACUACGAUGGCCAGAAGACCUUGGUCUACCACUCGGAGGGCCAGGAGGUGGACGCCCGCUUCAGGACCCGUGUCAGUCUGAUGGGGCAACCAUCCGGGGGCAAAUGCAACCUGCUGCUGUGGCAGGUGACACCCGAGGACAGCGGGCCCUACAGGUUCCGCUUCGAGAUCGUCAACGGCGACCGCUGGUCAGCGACCAGGGACGUGGUGGUGAGGGUUUCAGAUACCCUUGAGCAACCAAUGGUCACUGCCAGCAAGGAGCAAACUGAGGGGCAAACCUCCACCCUGGAGUGCUACACACCUUACUUCUGCCCUGACAACUUCAUCCUGCACUGGGUGGGCUAUGACCCCCAGGUCUCAGCGGUGUCCAGCAAAGUCCAGUUGGACACCAGUGGUGUCGGCCACCACCUGAACCUCACCACCUCCUUCUCCUGGAAGGACCACUCUAGAAAGCUGUUCUGUGAACUUUCCUACAACUCCAGGAAGGCAGCCAGGGAGGUGGUCCUGUGGGUGAGACAUGCCCCGAAGGACACCCAGGUGUUAGUCAACCCCUUGGUGCAGGACAUUCACCCGGGGGACACGGUGUCCCUCACCUGCGAGGUGAGCAGCAGCUACCCCCCGGUCUCGGGGUACCAGUGGUACAAGGACGGGGUGUCUGUGGGCAACCAGCGGCUCCUGACCCUGCGGGACGUUGGCCACAAGGACCAGGGGCAGUACAGCUGCCAGGCCCAGAACGCCCUGGGGACCAGCACAGCACCCAACGUCACCCUCUACAUCUUCUCUGCAGAGAUCUCAGUGAGCCCUGCGGCUGAGGUGCAGGAGGGAACGGCCACCACCUUGUCCUGCAACGUCCCAGGCAGGGAGGGCCAGGACCUCAACUACACCUGGUACAAGAACAAUGCCUGGCUGGGGGAGGGUCCCUCGCACACCCUCCUCUUCUCCCACAUCACCCUCAGUGACACUGGUCACUACUCCUGCAAGGUGACCAGCAAGCGGGGCAGUGACACUUCCCAGGCCAUCAGCCUGAGUGUGGCAUACCCCCCCCAGACCCCCACCAUCACCCUGUUCCAGGAGCUGCAGGGUGGCAGGGUGGCCAUCAUCCGCUGCGCCGUGGACAGCCACCCCCCGGCCACCCUGGCCCUGUACCAGCAGGGCACCUUAGUAGCCACCAGCGGCCGGCAGGUGGCCCCAGGCCAGCGGUUGGCUGUCAGUGCCACACACAAUGCCCUGCAGCUGGAGAUCCAGGGCGCGGGGCCCCAGGAUGGUGGCGAGUACCAGUGCGUGGCCAGCAACCCCUACGGCAACACCACUGCCACCAAGGUCUUUAUCAUCCCUGCCACCCAGCUCCUGAUCCAGCCCUCGGCAGAGGUGCGGGAAGGGACAGAGGUCACCCUCAGCUGCCUGGCGGCGGGGGGCUCGGCGACCCUCUACACCUGGUACAAGAACGGCAAAUGGCUGCGGGACACCGGGACCCCCACCCUGCGCUUCCCUUCCGCCCGCCCCGAGGAGUCGGGCUCGUUCCGGUGCCGGCCCCGCAGCCCCCGCAGCUCCGGCCCCUCGGCCGCCGCCGCGCUGCGGGUGCUCUUCCCACCGAGGCCACCAGUGAUGAGCUCCUUCCUGGAGACCCAGAGCAGGCGCCUGGGCAUCAUCCAGUGCACUGUUGAGAGUGACCCAGAAGCCAACCUGACUUUGUGGAGAGGAGAAGACAUCAUAGCCUGCAGGUGGGGCUGCCCCAUUGCCCCCAGCCCCAGGGUCCAAGUCACCUGGUCCUACAACAGCCUGAAGGUGGAGAUCCAGGAGGUGGUGCUGGAGGACGAGGGGACCUACGUGUGCCGGGCUGGGAAUGCAGAGGGCAACUCCAGCACCACCCUGGACUUCAGGGCUGAGACUGCCAGCAUCACCGUGGCUCCAUCCUCCCACGUCCUGGAAGGCCAAGCUGCCAACCUGACCUGCCACCUGAGCAGCCAGUCUUCGGCCCUGCCCAAUGUUACCUGGUACCACAACGGGCAGCAGCUGCCCCAGGGCUUGGCCACCUCCCUGGUGCUCCAGCCGGUGGCCAGCACAGACUCAGGGCUCUACCACUGCGUGGCCACCACCACCAGUGGCAGCCGGAGCUCACCUGCCAUCGCCCUGGACGUGCUGUACCCCCCACGGGACCCCCGCCUGACGGCGUUCCUGGACAUGGCGAGUGGCCGCCUGGCCAUCUUCCAGUGCUCGGUGGCAAGCAACCCUCCCGCCCAGCUAGCCCUGCGCCGGGGCGAGGAGCUGGUGGCCACCAGCACCAUGGGGACCAGCCCACGGGUCAGGGUCUCAGCUGCCCCCAACUCCCUCAGGGUGGAGAUGCAGGAGGUGACACCAGGGGAUGGGGGCAGCUACAGCUGCACGGCCACCAACGCGCACGGCAGCGCGGAGCGACGUGUGUCCUUCCAUGUGCCUGCUGCCCAAGUCCUGGUGUCCCCAUCCGCGGAGGUGCAGGAGGGGGAUGAGGUCACGCUGACAUGCCAGGUGGCCAGAGAGCUGCAGGAUGACACCACCUACACCUGGUACAAGAACAGCCUCCGGCUCCAGGAGAGCUCUGAGAACCUCCUGGUCCUGCCCCACGUCUUCAGCACCGCCGCCGGCUCCUACCAGUGCCGGGCCCACCACCCCACUGGGACCAGCAUCUCCCCAGCUGUCACCCUGAGUGUCUCCUACCCCCCGCGGGUACCCGAGCUGACGUUCUUGGUGGAGCCCCCCGAGGGCACGCGGGCUGUCCUGCAGUGCUCGGUGGACAGCAGCCCCCCGGCCGAGCUGGCGCUCUUCAAGGACCAGGAGCUGGUGGCCACCACGGCGCUGCCCCAACCCCCCGCCCCGCCCCGCCUCAGCGUCACCGUGGCCACCAACGCGCUGCGGGUCGGUGUCAGCCCCCUCCUGCUGCGGGACGAGGGCGAGUACGUCUGCACCGCGGGCAACCCCCUGGGCAACGCCAGCGCCGCCGCCAACUUCACUGCCGGGGCUACCAGGGUCUGGAUCUCCCCGUCCCCGGAGGUCCGGGAAGGUGACCCUGUCACGCUGACCUGCGCGGUGGCGGGGGACGAGGAGGUGCUGAGCUACAGCUGGUACCGGAACGGGGCUUGGCUCCGCACCGCCCCCGGCCCCGCACUCGCCCUGCCCCGCGUCGCGGCCACCGACGCCGCCUCCUACCGCUGCGCCGUGAGGACCCCGGCCCGGACACACCGCUCCCCCCCCGCCACCCUCAGCGUCCUCUACCCUCCCCGGAACCUGGAGAUGAAGGCCUUUGUGGAGAGCAGUGAGGGGACUGCAGUCAUCCUGCUCUGCUCCGUGGAGAGCAACCCCCCAUCACAGGUCACCCUGCUCAAGGGGGGGCAGUUGGUGGCCUCCAGCCCCCCCGAGGGAGGUGACAACUCUGGGCAGAACAUCCUCAUCUCCCCAACUCCCAACGCCUUGAGGCUGGAGAUCCAAGAGGCCUCCGAGGAUGAUGAGGGGGAGUAUGAGUGCCAGGCACAGAGUCCCCUGGGCAGUGCCCACGGGUCCCUGCCCCUCCAGGUGCAAGCCAUCCGGGUGGUGAUGCGACCCUCUGCCGAGGUGACCGAGGGGACCGACGUGACACUGACGUGCCGGGAUGGGGGUUCCCCCCGCGGGACCCUCUACAGCUGGUACAAGGACGGGCAGUGGCUCUCGGGGGGGCUCAGCUCCUUCAUCGCCCUCCCCGCCGCCCGGCGCACGGACGCGGGGGUCUACACCUGCCAGGUGGGGAGUGGGCUCCGCCGGGCCCCCCCCGCCGUCCUCAGAGUGCUGUAUGCCCCCCAGGAGCCCACCUUCAUCUCCCUGGUGGAGUCCCGGGGGGGGCGACAGGCCGUCCUGAUCUGCACCGUCGACAGCUUCCCCCCAUCUGACAUCACCCUGCUCCGGGAGGGGGUCCGGGCACCCCUGGCCUCCAGCCGGGGCUCAGCCGACCCCCGCCUCACCGUCCAAGCCGCCCCCAACUCCCUACGGGUGGCUCUGGGGGGGCUGGAGCCGCGGGACGCGGGGGUCUAUGUCUGCUGGGCCAACAACAGCCAGGGCUCGGUGGCUGCUUCCCUGAGCCUGGAGCUGGGAGGGGUCAUUGUCACGGUUGAGCCCUCUCCAGAAGUCCCCGAAGGCACCACGGCCACCGUGACCUGCUCGGCUGUCCCCUGGGUGGGGCAAGAGGCCAAUUACACCUGGUACAAGGACAACCAGUGGCUCCGGGACGGACCGUCCGGCUCCCUCGUCCUCUCCCGUGUCUCCAGCGCCGACGCCGGUUCCUAUCGCUGCCGGGCCAGCGGGACACGGGGCGGGGCCACCUCGGCCCCCCUCAUCCUCACCGUGCUCUACGCCCCCCGGGACGUGUCGUUCAGCACUUUCCUGGAGAACCGCGGGGGCCAGGCAGGCAUCCUGCUCUGCAGGGCCGACAGCCACCCGCCUGCCACCAUCGCCCUGUUCCACCGCGGCCAGCUCCUGGCCACCAGCCUGGACCCCGCCACCGCCCCGAGGGUCCGCGUUGCCCCCUCCCACAACAGCCUCCGGGUGGAGCUGGGGGGCGUGGGGCCGGGGGACUCGGGGGAGUACGUCUGCGUGGCUGGCAACCCCCUGGGCAACGCCACGGCCAGAGCCCACUUCGACGUGAGCACUCUCACCCACCUCCUGGUCUUCACCAUCCUGGCUGGGCUGCUCAUGGCUGUCAUCGGCGUGGCUGCCCUGGCCAUCCUGGCAGUCAAGCUGUGGCCCAGGGCGAGGAAGUUUUGUGGCUGGUCUGGUGCUGAGGACACCUUCGAGCUGAGGAGCAAACAAGAGCAGGUGCAGGUGGAUGGAGCUUCCUGAGCAGGUGGCUGUUUGACCAGUGAGCAGCCAUGUGCAGCCUGGAAGGAUCCGGCAGCAGAACCCUGCCCAGAAGGUCUCUCCUGGUGAGGGUGCAAGCCUGGGGACAGCCCCUCCAUUGCCACCCUCCUCCUGUCCCCCACCGAAGCCACCACCCCAGGGUGCUGUGCAUCCUGGGGGCCUCCCUGUGUGUUAUUCCUCUGCCUGGAAAUAAA